UGCUUAAAGCGGUGAAGAAUUCGAAGCUGAUUCUUCCGCGUCUAUCGACGGCAAUGGCCACAAAACGACGUCACAAAGCUCCAAGCUGCAUACUUCUACCAGUCUUCGAGACGGCUUCUAUCUUCUUCACGCCAUUUAGAAUUGAAAUCGUAAACCAAUUUCCAUGGAACCCUCUUCAACCACUACCACCAGAUCCCGGUUCAGAGACCAAAACCGGCAGCCGAUGGAGGAAGCUUCCGAUUCUGAAACCACCUCUGGCGGCAUGUCCUCCGUCUCCAGCGACCUCGACGAUGAGAACGAGCUCCAGUCCAUGACCGCAAAGGGAAUUAAUCAUCUUUGCUCAGAGCUUCUUGAGCUAAAGGCGGAAUCAGACGAAGAUUUCCACAGAAAUAUUUUUUCAAAUUAUUCAUCCUUUGUUAGAAUAUUUGAUAAAGUAAAGUGCAUGAAAAAUGAAUUGACACAGUUAAAGGGACUUGUUUUAACACAAAAGAAGCUUGUGAAAGACCUUAUGGAUGGAAUUCAUUUAAAAGUUUUAUCAGAGGAGAUAAUUGAUUCAAUUCUUCAAGAAUCUGAAUUUGCUGAACCAGCUCCACCUAGGGAGUUAGCAGUUCAUAUCGAUAGUAUUUCUGAAACAUUGGAUGUUCUCAUGUUCGAAAAUAGGAUAGAUGAAGCAAUAGCUAUUUUACAAAGGGAGGAUGAAAAUUUGCAAAGGAUGCAAUUUGAAGACAACUCUCCUGAAGAUUUGUUACUGUUGUAUAAUUCUGCAAUUUAUGAGAAAAAGGCAAUGCUUACUUUACAGUUAACACUUUCGGCUGAAAACCCGAGAAUAUCCGCUGCUGAACUUCAAAAGGUGUUAAUUGGGAUCUGUAGACUUGGUGACACUCAUCUUGCAACUCAAUUGUUGCUUAAGUAUUACCAUUCACGUCUUGCAACUGGAAGGCAUAAUCUUCAGUGUUCACAAUCGUUUUUAGAUGGUUUCUAUGUUAAGAGGCUUGCAAAGUUUGUGUUUUCUAUGAUUUCUCAAGCAGCAAGUAGCUUUAUGAUGCUAUAUGGAGAAACUUCUCCCCGUGCUUCAGAACUUAGUCAAUGGGCUCGGGAAGUAACCAAACUGUUCCUUGAUUCAUUUAAUAAAUAUGUCAAGUCCAGUUCUGAUGUAACCGAAGGGUUAUCAAAAGCUGUGGAAGCCAUGCAGUUUUCAUUGUCUUGUUGUUCCUUGUUAAAAUCUCAGAGGCUAUUCCUUAAGCCAUACUUGAUCAAGCAUAUUCGUUCUUGUAUGGAAGAGGUUCUACUGAUACACAGAGACCAUUUUAAGAAAGUUAUCAGUAUGUUCACAGCAACUGAUGACUGGGUUUUGGGUAGAUAUCUUAUCUCGGGAAUUUUAAGUGAAGGCAAUUAUGUGGUUGCUGGGCAACAUCCAGAAUACUGUCUGCUCACUAACAGUGGCCGGAAGUUCAUAACUCUGAUUCAGGCUAUCAUAGCAGAUGUCACCCCAUUGCUUGCCAUUCAAAUGGAAGGUUCUAUCCUUAAUGGACUCAUGAAUCUCUUCACAGAGUAUAUAGCCAUCCUUGAGAAAGCUAUUACCUUCGAAACACAUGUUUUUGAAAAAGGUUCAAGAAGAACUUUAGCAGAGUCAUUGCCGCAACAACUCUCUGUGCUGGCUAAUUUAUCAACACUGCAACUUUUCUUCUUCAAGAUUGUUAGAAGUUUCUUAAGGGGACCUGGUUACCUGCAUUCUGAGCUAAGGAAGAAAAAUUCAAUUGAUUUUCUACAAAAGGAACUUGAUGGUUGUAUACUGUUCAUUCAAGAGGCUGCUGCUAAGCUCAAAGCUCGUUUCUUCCAGCAAUUUAUAAAUAGAAUGACGUCCUCUGAAACCAGCACUAAACUUAUGCUACAAACUUGCAAUGAUAGCCCACAAUCUAGCAAAUUUCAAGGUGCAAUGCCCUCUGUUGCUUUUCAGGUUCUAUUUUUUGAACUAAGAAGAGUUGAUAAAAUUGACGAAGACAAUGUCUUUGAAGAGGAUUGGUUGAUGGAGCUAUUAAGGGAUUUGAUAGAGGCUAUAUUCUCUUGGGUGGUAAACAACAAGGAGAUUUGGAGAAAUAGGAAUUCACCUGUCCAGCUUUCUGACAUAAUCAGUCAGUUUGUCUUAGACGUGCAUUUUCUGGAGGAAAUCGUGAAGUAUGGAGGAUACUUCUUCAAUAAACCCUUGGUUCUCGAAAGCCUCGUGGAUACAGCAUUUACUUCUGCUGGCCUUGAUCCUAAGAGGUGA